UGCCCACAGCCCUGCCAGACAUCCCUGGAAGAGGAGGUGCACUGAACGAGGAGAGGCUAAGAGCAGGGAAAGUUGUGUGUGUGUGUGUAUUGUGUGUGUGUGUGUGUGUGUUGCUCUUGCAAUCAGAGUGAGGAACCUGGCCAGACCCGGAGCUCAUCUGAAAUACAUUAAACCCUGGAGAAGAGAGAUCCUCAGCCAUCCAGCGACGUUGACGCUCGGCCGAGGCUUCCUAUUUGCUGACAGAGGUACACCCAUGCAUGUAGCAGCAGCUCCUCCAACACACUGAGGUUUUUUUUUUUUUCUCUGUUCUCAAGUCAAAAUAUUUUCCAAACUCCACACAAGGCAAGAAGGAAGGAGAGAAGGUGCUUGAAGAAACCCUUUCUUCCUCUAUUAUAACUUGAGAGAUUUGGAAGUCAGCGUGGUGGUUAUUGUCAGAGGGGAAGACAUUAGUUCUCUCAUUCCUUUGAACGUGUGCAGAGGUGGUUCCAAGGACAACGGAGCGACGUGCACAUAAAUACAGGAAACACCUGAAGAUUUCCAAGGUUCAACCACAGGAAAUAUAGCUUACAGAGACACUGCUCAGCCACUGAUUUGUUUUUUUUUUUUUUUUUUGAAGAAGAAGCUCCCUGUCAGUCCAUUAUUCAAUCAACAUGUCACGUUGGGGGCGGAAAAAUGUGAAAAAGGCACCUGAGGUGAUCCGUACUGUGACCGAGGGGCUCAAAUCCCUGUACCGUAAGAAGCUGCUGCCUCUGGAGCAGUACUACGGUUUCCACGACUUCCAUUCCCCCAGCCUUGAGGAUGCCGACUUUGAUAACAAGCCUAUGGUGCUGGUUGUGGGACAGUACUCCACAGGAAAGACCACAUUCAUCAAGUAUCUGCUGGAGCAGGACAUCCCCGGGAGCAGGGUGGGGCCUGAGCCCACCACCGACUGCUUCACCGCCGUCAUGCACGGAGAUGUGGAGAGCGAUCCCGGGAACGCCCUCAUCGUCGACCCCAACAAGCCUUUCCGCAAGCUGAACCCCUUUGGGAACACCUUCCUCAACAGGUUCCAGUGCGCCCAGCUGCCCAACCAGGUCCUGGAGAGCAUCAGCAUCAUCGACACGCCGGGCAUCCUGUCCGGCGCCAAGCAGAGAGUGAGCAGAGGCUACGACUUCCCGGCUGUGCUGCGCUGGUUUGCCGAGCGCGUGGACCGGAUCAUCCUGCUGUUCGACGCCCACAAGCUGGAGAUCUCGGAUGAGUUCUCCGAGGCCAUCGGCGCCCUCAAAGGCAACGAGGACAAGCUGCGCGUGGUGCUCAACAAGGCCGACAUGGUGGACACCCAGCAGCUGAUGCGCGUGUACGGCGCGCUCAUGUGGUCCCUGGGGAAGGUGUUCGGCACCCCGGAGGUGCUGCGCGUCUACAUCGGCUCCUUCUGGUCCGAGCCGCUGCUGGUGCCCGACAACCGCCGGCUGUUCGAGCUGGAGGAGGAGGACCUGUUCGCGGACAUCCAGAACCUUCCCCGCCACGCAGCCCUGCGCAAACUCAACGACCUGGUCAAGAGGGCUCGUCUGGUCAGGGUCCAUGCCCACAUCAUCAGCUACCUAAAGCAGGAGAUGCCCUCUGUCUUCAGGAAAGACAAUAAGAAGAAGAAUCUGAUCUACCAGCUGCCCGUUAUUUUCUCCAAAAUCCAGCUGCAGCACCACAUAUCCCCUGGAGACUUCCCAGAUUGUGCUAAGAUGCAGGAGCAACUGAUGGUUCACGACUUCACCAAGUUCAAGACCCUGAAGCCCAAUCUGAUGGCCGCUCUGGACGAGCUGCUCUCCACCGACAUCGCCAAGCUGAUGCCCCUCCUGCGGCAGGAGGAGCUGGAGGCCGGAGAGCAGCCGGGCGUGCAGGGUGGAGCCUUCCUGGGGACCCGCGCUGGCCCGUUCACCGAGGGGGAUCCCUUCUCCGAGGAGAACGGAGAGGAAUGUGAGGAGGAGGAGGACUGGGUCGUGACCAAAGACAAGCCCAAGUACGACGAGAUCUUCUAUAACCUCGCUCCCAACGAGGGCAAGCUGAGCGGCACCAAGGCGAAGGACUGGAUGGUGAGCACCCGCCUGCCCAACUCGGUGCUGGGCCGCAUCUGGAAGCUGUCCGAUGUGGACCGCGACGGCAUGCUGGAUGACGAAGAGUUCGCCCUGGCCAGCCACCUGAUCGAGGUCAAACUGGAGGGUCACGGCCUGCCGCCGGAGCUGCCGAGCCGCCUGAUCCCGCCCUCCAAACGCAGGCAGAAAGGUUCAGACGCGUAGACCCGCGGCUCAGAGUGACUCUCCUCUAAAGGCUAUCACACUAAUGCUACUGUUUCUGUUUGUUUUUUUUUGUUUGUUUGUUUGUUUGUUUGUUUGUUUGUUUUCUGUGCAAGAUGUAUUCAGCGCCCUUUCUAGGAAGUGUGAAGUGAAGUGAAGUGUGAGGCAGCCUAAGCAAGCUGAUGAGGCAAAAUUAAGUGUUCAAUAUUAAAAGAUUUGUACUAAAACGUCACCCAGGUCUGGUUCGCUCUUCCUUUUUGGCUCCGUUAUGUUUGCUUAUGACACGCUUUUUCAAAAAAAAAUAUCUACUUUAUUGUUUGCUGAGCAGUAUUCACCACUUGUAUUAAGAGAAUACAAAACGAAACCUUUCUCUAUUAAAACUUUUCAAAUUAACAUUCCUGCAGCGACUAGACGAGAGUGGCACCGUGUUGCAUUUGGGUGAAACAGGAUGAGGAUUUUGCCAUUUGAUCGUCUUCAGUGUGUUUAAACGUACUGUAGUGAGCGCGAUCGUGAAACUUAUAUUUGGCUCAAAUGAUGCAUUUUCGGCUGCCGAUGCAAAUCCAAUAACCUUCGUGCAUUUUUCACGUUUAAUGCUUCAGAUGCUACACAAUUGUCCGUUUUGUGCAUCCACUUUAUAUUUUGUAAUUAUUGCUGUUUGUUUUGUAUGUGGAAGAACAAGACCUCUCUGUUGUAUAAAUGAAUGUCACAUGCGAUGAUGAAAUUUUCAACAAGACUGAUUUAUUGAUAUCUUACUGACUACUGUACACAGCUCCACCAACUGUCCUCAUGUUAACUAUUAUAACAAAAUAAAAUGUACUCACUGUG